GGCUGACCUGUCGCGCUGGCCUCUCCCCCAUUGGCCCUGGGCACUGUCAGUCUCAGAGUCCUGGUUUCUUCCCCUCUCCUUGCUUUGGGUGUUGGGAGAGGGAUUGGGCAACAGGGAGCCAAUCACGUUCUCCAGCAGGACAUUUGAAAAAAAAAAAAAAAAAGCAGCCAAAAAAGCCCCCAAAGAAGCCACGUGAAAAACGCCCAGUUGGGGUUAAGCCACAUCUUAGAUCCCUGUGACACUGUCUGCAGGGAGCCAUGGCUGCAGCGAAUCCUCUGAAAAGCUUCCGAGAUGAAGCAACUUGCUCCAUCUGUCUGAGUUUUUAUAAGGAUCCCGUGUUUUUAGAUUGUGGGCACAGUUUCUGCCAAGCCUGCAUCGCCCAGUGCUGGGAGGGAUCGGAUACAGCUGUCUCCUGCCCUCAGUGAGAGACCUUUCCCCAGAGGACCCUCAGGCCGAACAGACAACUGGGGAACUUUGUGGAAACAGCCAAGCAGCUGAGUUUCCAAACAGCAGCAGGAGAAGGUUGGUACAAGGCGCACUAGGAGCCUUUCAAACUCUUCUGUAACCAGGACCAAAUGCUCAUCUGUGUGAUCUGCAGAGAGUCCCAGGCUCACCGUACUCACAGGGUGGUCCCCACAGAGGAGGCUGCCCAGGCCUACAAGGAACAAAUUCAAACCCAAUUGAACACACUGAAGCAAGAGAGAGGAGAACUUCUGGAGUGGAAACAGGAUGCAGAGAUGCAAAGCCAGGAAUAUCUGGGAAAGAUAGAAGCUGAGAGGCAGAAGAUCAUGUCUGAAUUUGAGCAACUGCGGCAGUUCCUGGACGAGCAAGAGCGACUCCUGCUGGCCCAACUGGAAGAGCUGGACAAGGAAAUUGUGAAGAUACAGGAUGAAAAUGUCACCCAACUGUCUGAGAAGAUUUCCCGUCUCAGUGACCUGAUCAGUGAGAUAGAAGAGAAGUGUCAGCAGCCAACAAGUGAAUUCCUGCAGGUGAGACAGUUAGAGACACCCAGAUCCCUGCCCAGGGAAGGGAGAGAUUCUGAUCUGAACUUUCUGAUCUCCAAGGCAGAGAAAGAGGUGCAGGCCACUCUGGAUCGAGACCUGGGAAUUUCCUAUUCCGUCGUGUCCACAGAUGAGAGUGUGAUACAGAAAUACCAAGACACAGGAUAUGUAGUGACACAGAACAGGUUUUACCCUGCUGCCUGUGUGCUGGGCUAUAAGGGCUUCACCUCAGGGAGAUGUUACUGGCAAGUGGAGGUGGGGAACAAACGUAAUUGGGUUUUGGGCAUUGCCAAAGAGUCUGUGAUGCGUGAGGGAGAGAAAAGCCGUACACCAGAGGAGGGGAUCUGGGCUUUGCAGAGUACAGGGAAUGGGUACUCGGCCCUCACCUCCCCUGAGACUCCUCUGGCCCUACCUCGUAGCCCCAGUAACAUUGGGGUUUAUCUGGAUUAUGAAGGGGAGAAAGUUAUAUUUUAUGACAUUACAUCUUCUGGCAGAGAGCCGAUCUUUACUUUCACAUCUUCUUUCACUGGGAAGAUCAUCCCCUUCUUUGGGAGCUGGCGUGCAGAAUUUCAGAGUUCACUGGUAAGCAUACCGUUACGUGUUCACUGGCCGGCAUAUCAUUAAUGUGACAGAGGAGCAGGGUCACUCAAUAUGAGAUAUCUAAAGUAGAGCAAAGACAUAGGUAAUAUAUAAAUUACAACUAUCACACUUUGCCAUUCUAAUCACAGUCUUGCCAACCUCAAGCAUUCAAAAACUGUGUCAGGCCCCCCAGAAUCAUGAGAUUGGCUGAAACAUCUUUUUAAAUAUUGUGUUAUUUUCUUUGCCUUCUGGUUUCCCAGCUUUUGGGGUGUUCUUGUUUCCAAUUUUCAAUCUUUGCUACACAAACGUGAAGGCUGGAAAUGUAUCUGGAGUAUAAUCUGAGGAUGCCUUGCAAUCUAUCUACUCCUGCUGCUGGGACUUUAAGAAAAACACCAAGUGCUGCGAGACUCACAAUAAAAUGAUGAGAGAGGACAAGACUGACUUGCUUAGCAUUAUACUGGUGACAGGAGUUUCCCGACCCUCUUACAUGUCUGUCUCUGUAACUCUGUGAUCCUCCAGGCACACAAAAACUGGCCAACCAGCAGACACCAGGAGCCACUCUCAGGGUCACAGCAGAGCCUGCCUGUCUUAGGGCAGGUCUACACUUAAAAUACUGCAGCAGAACAAAUGCACCGGUGCUGCUCCACCGCUGUAAUGCUUAAGUGAAGACGCUCCUAUGCCGACAGGAGAGCUUCUCCCAUCAGCGUAGUUAAUCCACCUCUGAGAGAGGCGGUAGCUAUGUCCAGGGGAGAAGCUCUCCCGUCAACGUACCGCUGUCUACACGAGGAGUUCAGUCGGUACGACUGCGUUCAUUGAGGGGUGUGGAUUUUUCACAGCCCUGAGCGAUAUAGUUCUACCAAUGGAAGUUUAUAGUGUAGACCUGGCCUAAGUUCUCACUCACUUCUGGUCAUCCAUCAAGCUCCUCUGCUCUUUACUUAUGAAUAUGAAAAUCAUAGUGGUGUUUACCUCUCCCUCCAAUUCCCUAGCUCAAUGCUCCUAUUUUGCUCUGUUUAGUUAUUUGGCUGCUGUAAAUUCAGAUGAGUAAAUUCACAGAAUAAAGUUUAUUUCUAUCUUC